GAGGAAGGAAAACUACAAGAAAAAAAGAAACGUUUCUCUCCCUCUCUCAGAUAGAGUUAGCGUCAGCAAAUGGAGUAGAAAAGUUUGACGCCAGAUUUUCUCCAGAAAAUAAGAGAAAAUAAAAUAAAAGAGACCGAGCGUCAAUGCCUUUUCUUCAGCACUUUUUGUCUAAGCUUCUUAAUCCUUUGCGUCAUUUUAUAAAUCUGGUGCAAUAUCUCAAAUUUUGCUCUUUCCCAUCUAAGCUGAUUUAUUAGUUGUAAAGAAUGACUUAAUCGUUGAUUUUGAGAAAUUAUUAGUGGAUUUAAACUUCUUGUUAGGAGUGAUCCUUGAUAUUUUAUUGGUAUAUUCAAGUCAAGGUCUUAAAGAAUUCUAAUUUGUAGCUGACUUUGUCUUGAUGAUAUUAUUAUAAUGAUGUUUUGAUUUAUGGGUUUUAUUUUUUAAGGCUUGUUUAUGCAUCUGAUCUGCGAUUUGCUUUAAAUGGAUUAUAUAUUUGGUGGGUGUUACCGUUUUGGAGUGUUAGUGCAGUUUUGUGUUGAUCAGCAUUCUACUUGCUUAACAAAAUCAGGACUUACUUGAAAAUGUAAUGAGUAUGGCCAAUUUGCAGUGUUCCAGAUUAAAUUUUGCAUUUUUAUUGCAUUCCAUGUAUGAGACAAUUUUUUGAAUUCAAUUUUCUGUGAAUUUGUUUGUGGAUUUAGGUUUUCUGCACAAAAUAUUCUUAAUAUUUGAUGCUUUAUCGGAGUGUGUUUUGUUAGUUAAAGAGGGAAUGUUUCGUUUACUGUGGCGAUGCCAUGAAAUAAUUUUGAAGUUAGUUUAUUUGUCUUGAGUUAAAAGAGUUUCAUUUAUAUGGUGUAACUGCUGCUUUGUCUGAUUAUUGUCUUCUCCUUUUUCUGUCUUUGGUGAGCCAAGCCUGCUCGGGUUCUCACUUUUGCAGCAUCAUGAUAGUUAUCUAAAUUAUCUAUGGUGGUGAUGUUGUUCUUGAGAAACUUACGCUAGUUCUGUUUUUGUGACAGCUUGUAUUUAUAGAAAAACAAAAAAUCUAAUCUAAAAAGAUUUUGCAGUGCCAAGUGUUAUUGUCCUUGUUAAGCCCAUUGAGAAACAGAUAAAUUCAGUAAUGAUUUGAAGAAAAUUUGCAAAAAUUUGGAAACUUUUAUAUUUCCAGCUGAUGAUUUCAUGCCUUCUAAGUUGGUUGUCAAACUUAGAUGGAUGACACUUCUUCUAAACCAAAUAGCAACACCCAAAGUGACCAAGCACAUAAUCGACUUAACAAGAAAUGAUGAUGCUUCAUCAAGCUCAUCUCAUGAUGGUCGGCCUCCUGAAAUUGACUUACCUCAGCAUGAAGAUAGAUCAUCAGGUGGUGCAAGUGGCCCCACUCAUCAAAUUUCUUCAUCUUCCUUAAAUGAAUUAAACUCUAGAAGUUCAGCAUUUACAAGGAGAAGGGAUGGCUAUGACCAUCGGCGCAGGAGCCCAUUGAACUCUGCGCUCUGGAUUUCCAUUGAGCUAUUUGUCACUGUGGGUCAGAUUAUAGCCUCUAUUGUUGUUGUAUCGCUGUCGAGAGAUGAAAAUCCACAAGCCCCAUUAUUUGCAUGGGUUGUGGGUUAUGCAUCUGGUUGUGUUGCAAGACUUCCCAUUCUUUACUGGCGUUUUCGUAACUGCUACCAGAGUUCCCAACAAGAUUCUGUUCAGUCACAUCAAGGCUCUUCCCAAGACAGUCUUUCUGACUCAUCUUAUGCAGUCAUUUCUGUUACUCAAGCUUCAGAUGAGGAGAACUUUUCUUCUACUGAAUCAACCACAAUUAAUGGUCAAGCUGCUAGACAAUUAGGUGCACGGCUCAAUGGAUUAAUGAACCAUUUCAAGAUGGCCUUGGAUUGCUUCUUUGCAGUGUGGUUUGUUGUGGGCAAUGUGUGGAUAUUUGGAGGUCAUUCUACUCCCAAUGAUGCUCCGAAAUUGUACAAAUUAUGUAUAGUGUUCCUUACUUUUAGCUGUAUAGGAUAUGCCAUGCCAUUCAUACUAUGUGCAACAAUUUGUUGCUGCUUGCCUUGCAUAAUGUCUCUCCUUGAAAUUCGGGAGGAUUUUUCUCAAACUAAAGGAGCCACAGUUGAAUCUAUCAAUAGUUUGCCAACCUACAAGUUCAAGUUACAAAAGAGUGAGAAUGUCAAUGAUCAUGACAAUGCAGGGACUGGUGAAGGUGGAGUCUUGGCUGCAGGGACCAAAAAGGAGCGUGCAAUAUCGGGAGAAGAUGCCCUUUGCUGUAUAUGCUUGAAUAAAUACAUCGAUGAUGAUGAGCUGAGGGAGCUACCUUGCUCCCAUGUCUUCCAUGUGGACUGUGUCGACAAAUGGUUCAAGAUCAAUGCAUUGUGUCCCCUGUGUAAAAGCGACCUUGGUGAGAGCAGUGCUCCACCAUUAGCCAGAGACCCAGCCAACACUAGAGCAAAAGAGAAUAGUAGGUAAUGGAUUGAUCAGCAAUUGAAUUUUGCAUACCUAGGAUAGACACCUCAAAUGCACUCGCUCCCAAAAAAACUAAAUUUUGUUUCACAGAGAUGAAAAGGGCAACGGCAGGUUUUUUUUUUUUUUUUUUUUUUUUAAGCCCUAGCAUUAUUAAUUCUAAAUCAGCAGGACAAGAAAGCAUCUUGCUUUUCAACCUGAUUUAGCCCUUUCUUGGAUGAAUAAAAAAGAUGUUCUU